UUUGUGCCAAGCUUAAUCAUACUAGGUUUUACCAAGUGUUCCAUCUCCUACUUUACUUGAAUGAUUUCUUUGGAUGCUUGGUCCAGAGAGGAGCUGUUUGGGAAUGACAGAGCUCAGCAUUUAAAAGCUGGGCCUGAAAUCUGAAUUAGUCCUUUACAUUUUAUUCUAUAGUUAUUUGCAACUGAAAACUGUGAUACUAACAAAACUGUUCUUCAGAAUGGUUGCCAUGUAGCUUUUGUUUGGGGUUCUUAAUUUCACAAUUUGUUAAAAAGGUAAUUUUUUUCAGACUGAUAUUUCUCACACUUGGUUUCUGCUCACAAGUAAUACUAUAAAGUUGUGCUUGCAUUUUUAAUUAUACUGAAUUCAGCAGAUACCAGCUGAUUGAUUUCUUUUCUGUGAGGCUUUUGCUAAUCUGCAGCGCUCAUAUUUCUUCCAAUUUGUAAGCAAAAAUUGAGUAUAUAUAAGAACGGACCAGAUGUACCAGCAGAAAAUGCAAAAGCCUCCUUUCUCUUUUGAAGAAUUCUUACGGUCUCAAAAUUUGAAGGAAUGGCCAAGAUUUCUCUUUCUGGAUGAGCCUUAUUCUUUGGUGGAUCAGUUACAGAAAGACUGUUCAUUCGAUGCUGUAUCUAAAUAUCUGCAUGAAAAUGUGCCAUUGAACAUCAACCCUCUCUCAGAUUUGGAGAAGAGAAUAAAUGCGUGCAUCACUGAACUGGAGGAACAUGCUGAAAAAAUAUUUUCAUUACAACAUGGACCAGCAUAUCUAGAGGAACAUCUUACUCCGCUUGAACAGACCAUUGCUGCUGAGGAAACUGGUACAGAAGGAGUUCCAAAUCCAAAAAGUGAGGUGGGGAAAGCAAAGGUUGCCAAAUACACUGUUGACAAGUCAAAGGGUAGAAAUGUAGAGAGCUAUAACUACCCUGGUUUCAAGGUAAAACAACUUUUAGAAUUACCAAGACAUUUGGAAGCUCCAAAACUUUGGGACUUAGUUAUAAAAGCUCAGCAUUUCAAAAAAGAUGUUCUUAAAGUUUGGAGAAGUUUGUUUCUCUCAAAAUCAUCUAUUGCAGUGUUUCAGGAUUCUUUCUGGUGGUGGUUUCUUCAAAAGUUUAAGCCUAAUCAAGAAGAUCAAGACCACUUAUUUGACAGAAUUGCAGACAGUUUUGUGGCACUUUUUCUUCUUGUUCCAAGGGAGACUAAAGAUGCUUUUUUUCAGGUAUAUCCUGAUUGUUUAUCACAAGUCAUUUAUGUUGCUUUCUGUGAAGCAUUUCCAGAAUCCAUUAAAUGUUUUGAUGAUGAUUUUAAGGAUGAAUUAGUAGAUUUAAUUUUUCAGUGGAUAUCAGGUCUAAAACCAAAAAAAUGUACAUGGAGGAAAUGGAAUCUUAAUAGCUUUAAAACAACCAUGGUAAAUGGUGCUAGUAAAGAUGCUACUACUAAUAUACAAGUUAGCGGAUCUGCCAGUUCUGUAGCGGCCUGGAGAACUCUACUCCGUAGCAUGAGUGCACCAGAAGGACUUGAGAUCACUCCUGGUUUUAAUCAGCAAGUAGAGGACAUCAGUUGCGAAGAUCUACUUGAAGACAGAAAAUAUACGGCAGAUGGAGAAAUAAGUGAAGAUAGUGAACAUAUAAAUGAUAUGCCAAAGGAAUCAGAAACUGUAACAAAGUCCUGUUAUAUCGGCCCAGAUCCAGAAUGCAGGCGUGUGCUCUUCAGACUUGGUGGUCAAAGUCCCUUGGUCUCCAAUUAUCUUAAGAUGCACAAUAUAGCUAAUGCUGCAUCGUAUUCCUUGACUUGCAGGAUUAAUCGUACAGAAGUUUACAAACUACCAUAUCCUUUUUAACCCCAACCUGUAUUGUGUUUAUAAACUUUUCUUCUAAACUUUUUUUGCCAAGGUGGUUUAAACCAGCUGGGGUGGGGAGGAGAAGAAUGUGUUACUAAAGUCUCACCCAUUUAUUUUUUUUCCUUCUUCCGUUAUGAUCACAAUAGUUGGGACAGUUUUCUCUUUUUUAGGCUGAGGCAGACCACAGUAAUGCAGACAAUCUCAGCAAGUGGUUUGUCCAAAGAGAGAAACUUAGAAAUACAGAAGAAAGAUUUGAUAGGUCCUUCAUCUUGUUAUCCUUUAACCUAACAUAUGAUUUAAAAUGUCUUAGGAAAGACUGCACUUCAGUUCUGUUACUUUAUUUUUUUCCAUUAGGUUUUUGAAGAAUAAGGCUGAAUAAGAAACAUAAAUUGAACCUCCCAAAAUUUAAUGAAAAUCCCAUCAUAUCUGGAUUCUAGCUUCAAAUACUGUCUUGGUUCUGCUAUGGCACCGAACUGUACUCUUUGGAUCCAAACAUCUAUAAAUCUUGAGGAACUUUAGAGUCUGUUCUGAGUUUGGAUAUAUUUCUGCCUGGCAUUUACCUGAAGGGUAGAUUUCUCUCUUGUGUAGUGCAGGUAUAUUCAGAGCACUUUGUGGUUACAUCUUAAACUAAUGGGUUUCAGAAGUGAAGAUUUCCUAAUUAAUUCUGUUCUUUUACUAAUGUAUAUCGAAUUGUUUCUACCUAGACUAUUUUUGGUGGAUUUGAGGAAGAUUGCUUGAGUUCCCCUCAAGCAUUUUCUGGUGGGAGUCCUCAAAAUUCUGAUCUUCUGUAUACUAAAGGAAAAUCAGUUUACCACUGCUUCUCAGUGUAUUUCACUUCUGGUAGAAUAUUUCACUAUAGGGAAAUUGCAGCUUACUUAAAAAGAACACUGUCGAAUCUCAGCAGCUUUUGUUAACAGGUCAACUCCUAUUACUUCAGUGUAUUAGGGGUCAGAUUCUGUAUUAUGCUAGUUCAAAUUAACUUCACUGGCUUCAGCAAAUCUCACAGCAUCAUAUGAAAGACUGGAAAAUUCCUUUUUUCAACUUUCAGUGUGUUAUUUUUAUAUUUAUCUGAAUCUUUUUAUGAACUUUACAAGGAGACAUUUUAUAACUUGUUAUUAGGAUGACUAAUGGGAUAAAAAGAAAAUUUUUGACUUCUUGUGAAACUGAUUAUAAAAUUCUCAGCAGAUUUUAGGUGACUGUUCACAUUAUGAGCAGAAUUCUGUCUAAAAAUAAGUUGUGUCCACUUCUUUAUGUGUUUAUUGAGAAUAGAAAUUUCCACACAAUUCUCCCUUUAAUGUGACCACAACUGGCAGUCAUAAUUUGUCCAAUUAUGUAAAAAGAAUAAAUUAGCGAAUUAGCCACCAAAAACUGUUAGUAUAUCCACUUUUGCUGACAUGUUUAUUGUAAUUCACAAUAUGCAUGAUGUUGAUUUUCAAAAAUGUUCCAUUUUCUUUUUUGAGAAUAUGAAUUAUAAAUUUAUGAAACACAGAAAGCAAGACUAAUAAAUCUUAAAAGUUGGAAACAUUAUAUAGCACUCAUCUAUGUCAUCCUUAAAAAAAAAGGGGGAUGUUGAAACUUUUUAUAGCUUGAUUAAAAGCCUGAAACCUUCUAUUCAUUUUACAGCUGAAAGAGAACAAGAUGGAUGAUCUUUCCUGCCUUCACAUAAUGAGAGUAAGGCAGCUAAUGAAUGCAUGCCAUGAAAUGUCUAGAGAAAACCUAAAAAAUGGACAAAUAUUUAAAUUUCAGUGCAGCACUCAGAGCACUACACAGCAUAGAACGUCAUAAAAUACAUGCAGAACUUUGUUUAAAGAAUUAGACUGUUUUUACUGUUUUGUUUUAGUGGCACAUAUUUCAAAGGAAAAGGAACUUAUCUCCAAAAAACUCAUCUAGGAAUUAAAGACAGCCCCUAAUGAGCAGACAAAGGAAGUAAAAGGAGAAGCCUUUCAAGCCCAAAAAGUGGAGUUCAAAAUAUCAUCCGUCUUACAAAAUUUCCUGAAAAUAGGCUUGUGGAGCACAACAGUCAAUAGAACUAUGAAAGCAAGUCCAGUAGUCGGCACUUUCAAAAAUAAAUAAAAACAUCAGGCAACAACUCUAUGCUAAUUGUAUUUAAGAAAUAAAAGACCACCUACAUGGAAAACAAAAAUCUCGUUAGUGGAGAUCGUUGAGAUUCAGACUCUGUUAACCCAACCCCCUACGCUUGCUUGGAAGAGCUUACAAAGUCACUGCCAUUUUCUUACUGAUGGAACUGAAGUAAGUAUAAACUGUGUACAGACAUACCAAGUCCCCUAAUUCAAGUGGGCUGUAAUAAGUGCAUUUCUUGAAAUAAUUGUGCUCUCACUUUCAGGAGGUCUGAAUAGAUUUUUCAUGUUGAAUCAGCACAGCUAAGACAGGGAGAAAGAAGGUCACCAAAGAGCAGGUUCUCUGAUGCUGCUAGUUUAGUAUAAUACUGAUAAAUCCCCCAAAUCAUUACAUUUUUCUGUCAUUAAAAUUUGAUUUGCUUAACCAGAGGACACAGGUCACAGAAUCCAUCUUCUAAUAUGAAGUCUUAAUUUAUUACGGCUACUUAUGCUAUAGCAUAAUAUUUGCAUACGAGAAUAAAGAGUUUGGUGAUUGGAAAAUGAUUUCCUAUAGCACCUUAAGACAGUGGGAGAGGAGCAUUGCUUCAAAAUUAUUUUUUGGUAUUUCUCGGAAAAAAACUAUUGGAGACACUCCAUCCGUCUGCGUUCAUCUGGUAGUGGCAGAGAAGUAUUCAUGUGCUCAACAACUGAUCAACCCUAGAGACCGAGCUUGGCUGCUUAAUCUGUACCCCCUAACACGAGUUUAUCAACAGUCGACUAACAAAAUACUUGAUUGCUUCAUGAAGGCAAAACCCCCAAAAUCUCAUGAUCAAGAGAGUUAAAUAUUUUAUGAAUUUCAGACAAGACAAUAAAUUGUGGAGUUUUUCAUCAACCAUAGUGAGAGGUUGGUAAGUCCAUCCUUCGAAGCAGCUUGCACUAGCUGUCAGUUCCCUCUCGAGGAAGCACUGAAAACCAGUUCCAGCCAUGAUGCGCUUCUGCCCGCUAGCCAUCAUCAAGUUGUUAUAGAUCUUCACAAGCAAGAGCUGCCCAAGGCUCUUCUCACUCUCUCAUAUGGUCUUCUGAAAAUGAGAACAUAAAAAAAAAAAAAAAAAGAAAAAAAAAGGCUUUUGAAAGCUUGUCAUCUGCUCUGCUGCUGAUAUAGUUAGAUUUACUCUAUAAAGAACUAUACAGGAAUUUACCUGGAAAUAUCCUCAGGGUCCAGGCCUGACCAUGAGUGACUUUAGAAACAGCUCAAUAGGUAUUUUCUCCUUGAUCUUGAACCCUUUAUCCCAAAACUUUUCCAAUCAAGUUUUUCAAGUUAUAGUUAAUAUUUGGCUUAGAUUAAUCUUAUGAUUCAGUGGUGGAGCUUUAAUGAUAUCCUGCAGAAGAUUCCUAAAUCCUUUCUAGGCUCUUUUAGUUCUGAUUUCAGGUCCUGUUCUCUGUUACAGUUUUUAGUUCAGCUAUGAAAGCUAGAGCUGACUGUUAGAGCCGAGUAUUUGGUUCUAACAUCGUAAAAUUAGGUUCAGCUAUUCAUAAAAAUUUAUAAUUUGUGCAGCUGCUGUUGCUGCUUAAAAGUGGGUCACUGAAUUCUUCCUCAAGGAUAGUUUCUCCUUUAAAACUUUUAUCCUAAUUCUUCUCCAGACAGAAGCCAUUACAGGACAGGAAGGAAACAGUUCCAGCAGAGAUCAUAAGGGAUGUUCACUGGGAGAAAAACAGUAGAAAACUUUUCAUUGUUAAUCAGAGCAGUUUAGUUCUAUUUCGAUAUUUGAUCAAUGGAAGCACACUUAAAUAUCCUACUCAAACCCAAGCCAGCCUAACCAAAAAAAAGUUUUAUAUGUGUGUGUGUGUAUAUAUAUAUAUAUUAUAUAUAUAUAUAAAAAAAUCUGUCACGAGACAUAGAUAAGUCAGAAAACAUAGAUAACAUAAGUAAAGUCCUCCAUUAUAUGAAGUCCAGCAAAACAAAAGCCUUUAAUAUUAGUCAGUGACAACUGCAGUAAGAGUUUCAUGCAAACCUGCUUCAGUAUCCCCUGAAAAAUUAAAUUGGAAUCAAAGCACAUCUGGCUCGAUCAUUGGCUAACAGAAUGUAUUUUUAUUCCCACCCCAAAUCACACACAGCUUGGCUGGAAAGACAACAGCUGCUUGGGCACUGGUGUGUUUCAGCCUGAAGUACAUCUAAUCUUUAUUGAGUUAUUUGAGCCUCAAGUGCCAAGUGCAGAAAGGCAUGCUGUUGUGGGGAGAGCAUGGGGGGGUUGCCUCUUCAAUAUUAGUGUGUAAUCUUGGCCAACAAAGUAGUGCUUAGGAGACAAUAGCAAUUCUCUAAAUGCACUGGAAUUAAAAUCCCAAUACUUUUGUAUAAAUCCUCACUCAGUUUGUUGCUUCUGCAUGAACCACUGCUAUUGGAAAUCAGUCUCAAUUAUUUUACUGAUCAGCUAAUUCUGAAAGCUCCUUAAUGUCUUCUCAUUUGGUUAGCUUCAGCAUUUUUUACUCCUUUGCAGAUUUUUCAUUAGUUAAUAAGUCUUACACAUCCUGUGAAUAUAGCAUGGAUACGUACUGUUAGGGAUAGCGGGCUGGGGUAAAAUCCAGGUUUUGUUCAACUUGGAGACAAAAUCUGCAGAGACUUCGGGGGGGUCCAGCGAAUGUUCCUCUGCCGGCUUUACUGGUAAAUAGCAGCUGACCUGAAGGCUCUUUUUGGUUUUUUUAAAGAAAUCCUACUUUGAUAGUUUUCUUGUGUUUAGACGAUUUUUAGCAAAUCAUAGGGGGAAAAAAAUUUCCUCAGCCAACUGCAAUUCCCAAUGCGUCUGUUACAGCUGCCUUGUACCGCCUUUCGCUACCUCGCCAGGAGCGUUGCAGCCCUGCUGAAGCAUGCGAGAUUACAGAGGAGGCUCGGUGCUGUUCGCCGUGAGCACGGCGGCACGUCCGGUCUCCCAGCAGUUGCAGCGCUGUUAUCAGAGGCUCUGAUGUGGUAUCUUGCAGAACGUCUCAGUUAAUUAUUUUUGACACAAGUGCAAAAGCAGAGGGCAGAGCAUCAGAAAUGAGAUCAAGAACAGAAUUGGUCUUUUGUCUUUGUUUUAGGGGAUGCUGAAUCUCAGAAGGCCGCUCAGCAAAACGGCUGGCUAAACUAGAAGAGCCGAGGCAAGGCAGGUGUGAUGGCAACGCUGCCGGGCAGUGCUUUCCCCGCCAAGCCUGGCUGUGCCGGGAGAGCUGUCAGGCAAGGCUACAUCCCAGAAAGCAAUUUUCAGUGAAAGUUCCCCCUUGUACUGUUUUCUGUAUUGCAGACUCUUAACGUGAACUCUUACUAAUACCUAAGCCUCCACCUCAAAAUUAGCAUUUAAAAUGUAAUUUAACAAUCUUCAUGAUUCAGAGGUUUAGUGAUAUUAAUUAAGCCUUAUCAGUCUGGUUUUCAUGCUAUUGUUACUUCUCAGUACUGAGCCUCUUAUACAGUCCACUUUUUUGUUGAAGCAUAUAGUGACAAAAAUCAGAAAGCACUACUUUAAUCCUAGCCGUAACGAUUGUGAUUUUCAUGGUAGCUCUUUUUGGAAAAAGAUAGGUCUUGUGAAUGUUGUUCUGGAUCUAUCUUUGUUUAACUGGGAUUUAGCACAAAUGAAUUUCCUAGGUAGCUGAAAAUAUAACGCUUUCACUUGACUGAAACUGUAGUACACCACUUGCUCCAACAUAUCAAGAUGUUAUUAAAGAGACACGGAGACUGAGAGAGGAAUUUCAGAAGGAUUAUACUGAAUUACAGCAAAAGUAUGAAAAAGGCAUUGAAGCAAUAAAGAAGGAAAGGAAAGAAAUUAAUCAGAAGUUUAAAAGACAGAUUAGAGCUUCCAGGAAUCCAGCUGAACUAAAGUUCAACACAGCUACAGUAAUGAAAGAAUUGGUAUGUACAGUGUUGUAAUCUGCUUUUAUGACAGAAAAUGAAUUAAUAUGAGGAUUACUAGUGUCCUUAUAUUUAACAAGACAGGUUGUAACAAAGCCAUGGUAUUAUUUUCUUUAAGAUCUCUAAAGCUGCCUUGAAGAUUCUUGAAGAUCUUUGCCUAUUGUUAUUUGAUUUUUGGAGUCCUGUAUUUACAGGUUUGGUUGAACAUACAGCACAUCUGCUGCACAUUACAAAUGGGGGUUACAAGACAUUAAAUUCCCUUGGAUAGUAAUAUUGCAAGCCUGUUUUAAGAUUAGACCAUUCCAUAAUUCUACCUCUUGUUCUUAACUAUCACCUUUAUUCCCCUUCUCAAAUGAAUACUUCUAACUCUCCUUCCAAAUCUGGUCUUUCUGUUCCUCCCCAUCAUGCCCAGAGCCUGCCCUUUAACUUUCUUUUCCUGAGUACUGUCAGUUGAUAUUCUUGAUCUAUAGCAUUCCUGUUCCACUCUUCCUGGUUGUCAGAAAACACAAAUCCUUCCUGAUGAUAGUAUUGGCAUUAUAUGUCCCCUCUGAGGCUCCUGAAAAGAUGUGGCACUCUGUGUUGGCUGUCAUUCAUCUGCUGUGUUCAAAUUUGGCAGAGUCCUCUCACAGAAUUAGUAGCCUCUAAGAAUUCAUUUUUGGCCUGAAUUAGCAUUAAUGUACAGAGGAUCUCUUCUGAGAAAUCUCUAAUUUCAUGCAGACUUCUGGACAUUCACAUGUGCUUAGCAUCACAGAAAUGUGCACAGGGACAAAUCUCGCUAUGUCUUUAUGGCUGCAAGGGUUACGACAUUAGCAAAACUUCUGCUGAGUUCUUCUUGCACAUAGCAAAGCGGUAGAGUAUUUUGGGCUGUGAAAGAUAAGGCCCAGGAAGCUAAUUUUCCACUUGGAAGCAGGUUUAAGACCUCCUUGGUGUAUCUUAACCUACAGCCAUCUCUUUGAGCAAUCAUACUCAUUUUUCCUACUAAGGAGAUAGAUGAGCUCUGAGUUGUAGGUGUUCUAUUUCCAAUGCACUGCAAUUAUAACCUUGAGAGUGCCAGGAGCUACCUUCGGCACUGAUUCACCAUUUGUUCAUUCAUUUAGUAAAGGGAAUAUACUGUCAUGCUCAGUUCACAAACAGCAUUGAUUUUGUUGAAACUUUUGUUGAAAAUUCCUGAGAACAGCUAUAGGGUGAAGAGAAUAGUUUGCAAAUGGAAUGACCUCUCCAUUUUUUAACCGUAACUGUGAUGCCACUUACUCUGCCCAAGAAAACCAGUAAUUCUGUCAGCUUCUGUCUGACUUGGGAAAAAUUGAAAGUUGUCUCAAAUUCUGAAAAAGAAUCAGGGACUGUUUGGACAGUAAGUUCAGAUGGGUUUCCCACUUAACAUAUGUUCCUAAUGCUAUACUGGGGCCAGCAGGUACUCCUCCAAUACUAUCAUUAAUUAUAACAAUAAUAAUCCUCUUUGAGACUAUUAUAAAACUUGCAAUGUUUAGCAAGGUCCUUCCAGUUUUUUGAAUACUUCAGUUUGAUCUUUUAUUCUUACAGGACUUAAAACCAAAAAACAUCCACCAGCAGAAGUGAAUAAGCACUGAACAGCUCUGCAAACACUGCGAGGUUCCAGCAAUGAAAUAGCUCAUUUUUCCACCUGCUCUUACUUUUAUAACAGUAAAAAGAAAAAAAUAAAAGAUCCACUGUAACAAAGUA